AUGUACAAUAUACCACAUAUUUCCCGUAGAGUGUGCACCAAACGCUCCAUUUCAAUCUCGAUCGCCCGGAAUUUCGCCGCCAAAAUGAAACCCUCCCCCUACAAAGCACAAUUGAUCUCCCAAUCGUCGUUGGACCACGGCAAAUGGAUCCAGUUGCGCAAAAUCACAUACAAAGAUCCUCUGGGCAAAGAAAGAGAAUGGGAAAUGGCCGUCAGAACAACCCGCACAGAUACAACCGGUUUGGAUGCCGUGAGUAUCUUGGCCCUCAUCAAGAAGCCGGAACUGACGCCGUUGGUGGUCUUGACCAAACAGUUCCGUCCGCCAUGUAAUAAGGUUGUCAUUGAGUUGCCUGCGGGACUCAUUGAUCCCAAGGAAAGCGUUGAAAGUACUGCCGAGAGAGAGCUUUUGGAGGAGACGGGAUAUGUGGGCUCCGUGGUCAGUCUGUCCCACACCGUGAUGCCGUUGUUCAGUGAUCCGGGCUUGACAAACGCCAACAUGGCCCUUGUGACCAUGGAUGUAGAUGGAACCGAUCCUAGAAAUGUAGAUCCGCAGCCGCAGUUGGAGGAUGGCGAGUUCAUCGAGGUGUUCACGCUGCCUUUGAGUGGAUUAUUGGGCAAUUUGGCCGAUGUGUGUGCCCGCGAGGGAGCCGUGGUUGACCUGAGAUUGUACCAUUUGGCCGAGGGGCUUCUGUUGGGAGAGAAGAUGUUUCUGAAGUAG